AUGGUACAAGUACAAUUAAAAAUUUUAAUUAUAAAUUAUUUGAAAAAGUAUAAAAAGUCGAUUCGACCAGCCAUUUCUACAAGGUCGCCUUUUAUCACCAACUUCACUUCAAUUUUAAGUCGAAGUUUUGUCAGUAAAACUAUAUAUGUUGCAAACAUACCUUGGGGUGUUAAUGAACAAAUGCUUAGAGACCUUGGUACCAAAUAUGGUGAAGUCGCUUCGGUUCGUUUACCUAUGGAUUUCGAAGGAAGACCUCGCGGUUUUGGAUUUAUCGAAUAUAAUGACGAAGAAGUGGCCCAAAAAGCUUUGGAGAGUAUUAAUGGUUAUGAAUAUGAAGGAAGACAGCUUCGUGCUGAAGAAGCUUCUGGUCCUCAAUGGGAUCGACGUCGAUAUGGAGAUGAGUAA